AUGGAAUCAAGGAAUGAUACACAAAUUUCAGAAUUUAUUCUUCUUGGAGUUUCAGAGGACCAAGAACUGCAGCCCAUCCUUUUUGGGCUUUUCCUCUGCAUCUACCUAACCACUGUGAUUGGGAACAUGCUCAUCAUCCUGGCCACAAUCUCAGACUCCCACUUGCACACACCCAUGUACUUCUUCCUCUCCAACCUGUCCUUUGUGGACAUCUGUUUCACCUCUACCACUGUCCCUAAGAUGCUGGUGAAUAUACACACCCAAAGAAAAGUUAUAACAUAUGAAGGCUGCAUCGCUCAAAUGCACUUUUUUGUACUCUUUGUAGGGUUGGAUAUAUUUUUACUGACCGUGAUGGCCUAUGACCGAUACGUGGCCAUCUGUCACCCUCUGCAUUAUACAGUCAUCAUGAAUGCUCGGUUGUGUGUAUUGUUGGUUUUGCUGUCCUGGAUCGUGAACAUCUUUCAUGCCAUUUUACAGAGCUUAAUGGUUCUGCAUCUGUCCUUCUGCGCAGAGUUAGAAAUCCCUCACUUUUUCUGUGAACUUAAUCAGGUGGUCCAUCGUGCCUGUUCUGAUACCUUUCUUAAUGAUGUGGUGAUGUAUUUUACAACUGUGAUAAUGGCUUGUUGUCCCCUGGCUGGCAUCCUUUAUUCUUACUCUAAAAUAGUUUCCAUGAUACGUACCAUUUCAUCGGCUCAGGGGAGGUAUAAAGCAUUUUCCACUUGUGCAUCUCACCUUUCAGUGGUCUCCUUAUUUUAUUGCACAAGCUUAGGUGUGUACCUCAGUUCUGCCGUUAUCCAAAAUUCACACUCAACUGCAGCAGCCUCAGUGAUGUAUAGCGUGGUCACACCCAUGCUGAACCCUUUUAUCUAUAGCCUGAGGAAUAAGGACAUCAAGAAUGCUCUGAAAAAACUGAUUUAA